GCUCUUCUGUUGAGAACUUUUCACUUUUUCCUCCCUGCUCUCCUGCUUUUCUUUUUGGCGCUCUGUUACCCAGGGUUACUCUCGGGAGGAUUGUGAUUCGCUGCUGUCUCGGAGCCGGGAGGGAGUUUCCACGUGUCCUCCAGUCCGUCUGGGUGUGUGUGAGUCAGAUGCAGUGUGUGUGUGUGUGUGUAUGUGUGUGUGUGUGUGUGUGUGUGUGUGUUGCUUUAAGACUCAACAAGCCUCCAAUUUGGGAUCAGACAACACCAGCUAGGGUUCUUCUUUGCAAGCUGUUCAAAGAGCUCUUAGAUUAAAGCCCGGGCCACAGAGAUGAGCCAGAUGACAAAGGAAUGAGUUUAUUUUGAGAGAUGAGGCGGAGAGAACCUCGCACAUAGGAGCUCCAAUCUGAGAAGAAACAUUCAGACGGAUAGCAAUGGGAAAUUCAGAGAGCCAAUAUAGCAUCCAGGGCCCCAAAGGCACCAGUUUUGUUUUUCCGGGGAAACAGAAGCCAUGCUCACUGAAGUUCCGCUCAGGGAAAGAAGACGCUCUGUCGCCCCAUUCAUGGUGGAGAAGUGCUCCAGUGGGCUCCGGAUACAAGGCCAGGUGUGUUGGCCGCGGCUGUCUGUCCCCUCCUAAAAGCCGGCAGCCUUACUCCGCGAGGCACUAUGACUACGUCUCCAAGGAGUUAAGGGGCAGCCAAAGUGCUCACCACUGGCAUAAGUCACCUGGAUGUGGCAUACGUAGGCGGCAUAUGUCAGAUGAAUAUGGUGGCAAUCCUUAUGGGUCAGAGCUUAAUGCUCAGACCAUAAAUGGACACAUUGAUGAGGCUUUGGAGGAACAGAGUAGCCCAAGGGUGGUGAUCAAGAAGGAUGGCAGUCUCAGGGUGGAGUUCACCAACACCUCGGGACACCCACUCCUUCUGGAUGAGGCUUCAGGCCCUGUACAACUCCUCAAGUUCUCCCCAAACCUGGAGUCUGCCUCCACUCCCAGUCUGCCUGGUUCAAGUGGUAGUGCACAAGAGGGGCACUGCAGCGGUCCACCACCAGCCUCCACCUCCUCAACAGCCAGGACCAGCAAGGGAAGCUCGCUGAGCUCUGAUGGGUCCUGGUAUGACUCUCCAUGGGGGCCCAACACAGACCUUUGUGAGCCAGAACAACCCUGCUCCACUGGGAGGACUUUAGUCCACUCUCCGACCCACCAGCUCGACUCCUUCACUGAACAGUCCAUCACAGACCUCUACAAGGACCCCGCAAUGGCUGCAACUUUUCCCACUGCAAAGGACCUGUCUUCUCAGUUCCAUGGGCCUCCACCAGGCCAGAGGACACACCGAGCCUCGUUCGCAUCAGUCCUGGACGCUCCGCUGGAGGAGGAAUGUCCUGAAGCCCACCAGUACUCAUCAUUCACCCUGCCCUGUCGCAGGCCCAAAGCCCACACCAUGAGUGAGGAUCUGGAGCAGUAUCCUGACCAGCAACAGCACCAGGAGCAGGCAGGCCCAGAUUUUGGUUACCAUAAGAAAGACUCCAUUAAAACCCGCAUCAGACGCCUCAGUGACUGGACGGGCAGCCUCAGCAGGAAGAAGAGGAAGUCUCAGGAGACCAGGUACAAGGACCUUACUGAUGCCUUCGACAGCGGGGUUGAUGGUCUGACCGCCGACACCAGCUCUCCCUCCCAGGUCUCGAGUCUCCUCUGGUUCCCCGGAGCCUCCAGGGCCCAAUCAUCAGGAGCCAUUCACCAAACCACCAGCGAUGCUGUUCGCCAGAAUAUAUAUGAGAACUUCAUGAGGGAGCUGGAGACGGGCACUGGGCAAGGAGGAGGGAGAGGCGGUGACAGAGGAGACCCAUCAACGGGCACUGAAGAGGGGGACAGCAGUAGCGAGUCGGCCGAGGGCUCCCUGGAGCAGCUGGAUUUGCUGUUUGAGAAGGAGCAGGGGGUGGUCAGACGGGCUGGCUGGCUUUCCUUUAAACCCCUCGUCACCUUGCACAAGGACAGGAAGCUGGAGCUGGUGACCCGGCGCAAGUGGAAGCAAUACUGGGUGACCUUGAAAGGAUGUACACUGCUGUUCUAUGAGACUUACGGCAAAGGCUCUCCAGAGCAGGACUCGUCCCCUCGCUACGCUCUCUUGGCUGAAGACAGCAUCGUUCAGGCUGUUCCCGAGCACCCCAAGAAGGAGAAUGUCUUUUGUCUCAGCAACACUUAUGGAGACGUCUACCUCUUCCAGGCCAGCAACCAAACGGACCUGGAGAACUGGGUGACAGCCAUCCAUUCUGCCAGUGCCUCGCUGCUGGCCAAGCGCCAGGGGAAGGAGGAUACGGUGCGCUUGCUGAGGAGCCAGGUCCGUAGCCUCCUGCAAAAGAUCGACAUGGACGGGAAGAUGAAGAAGAUGGCCGAGCUGCAGCUGACAGUGGUCAGCGACCCCAAGAACCGCAGGGCUAUUGAGAACCAGAUCCAGCAGUGGGAGCAGAACCUGGAAAGGUUCAACAUGGAUCUGUUUAGAAUGCGCUGCUACCUGGCCAGUUUGCAGGGGGGAGAGCUUCCAAACCCCAAGAGCCUGCUUGCAAUCGCCAGCCGCCCCACCAAAACCACCCUGGGACGGCUGGGGAUCUUCUCUGUUUCCUCCUUUCAUGCACUGAUCUGUUCCAGGGAUGAGGCCACACUCAGAAGGCGCUCGCUGUCCCUGACAUACAGAGAGCGCAAGAGAGGCCUGUUCUCCUCAAUCAAAGGCCUGGACAACCUAACGAGGAGAGGCCGGGACAAGAGGCCCUCUGCAUCGCAGAUUUUUGAGAGCGACGCUGGAGGUCAAACAUACGCCUUCCCUCCGAGGAGCACAGAGAGGCUGGACGUUCUGACCAGUAUCUACUCCAUGUCGCCCCCUGAGGGUGGUGUGUGGGACAGCAUCAGCGGUGCCACAGAUGUGCUGACAUGUGUCUACAUGCCAGACCGCCUGACGCUCCAAGUUCCCAUCAGAAGAGACCAGACAGCGGCUGACCUUCUCUCUGCAGCUUGCAAGGUGAAACAGCUGGACCCGAGUCUGCACUGCCUCCGGCUGCACAGGCAGGCAGGACACGAGGCCGAGGUCCGAUACGCGUCUCCUGGAGAGCUCGUCCGUGAUUUGGUCAACGAUCAGUUGGAGGUUGUCCCAGUCAAUGUGUUUACGCUCCACAUGAGCAAGCAGAGCGACAGUGGAGACUUUGGUUUUGCAGUAACAGGGCACAUAGACAACCAGAGAAACAGCAGGAUUUUUGUCAGUGAGGUGCUUCAUGAUGGACUGGCAUUCAAUGAAGGUUUGCGCCCAGGCGAUGAAAUCCUGGUGCUGAACGACCGGUGUGUGUCUGGCCUGGACCUGUCACUGAUCCAGACACUGUUUGGUGAAGAAACCCUGCACCUGAGCCUGAGGCGGGAUGGACCCCUCCCACCAACCUUGACCUCCAACCACAGGGCCCCUCCGGUUCACAGCAAGCACCACAGAGCCAAGUCCUCCUCUGAUGUGUGCACUGCAGCAGAAAAUGAUGCGUCCCUGUGUGUAGGACUGGAGAAUGUUCACUCGCACUGCUCACACAGGCCUGUUCAGCACAGCAAGAGCGUGGAUACAGUGUGCACUCUCUACCAGUCGUUCCAGGAAGGACCCGCGGGUUUGAUGGAUGACUCCAAGGAUCCUCCAGGGAGACAGGGAAGUGGUGCAACAGGAGAGGCCACCCUGCUCAGACCUUGCCCAAAGCAUUUGAGUGCCACUGAGAGGUUACGCAAGGUCAUCCAGGAGCUGGUGGACACAGAGAAGUCGUAUGUGAAGGACUUGUCCUGUUUGUUCGAGAUCUACCUGAAACCCCUGCAGAAUGAAACCUUCCUCACACUGGACGAGAUGGAGAGUCUGUUUGGCAGCCUGCCAGAGAUGUUGGACUUCCAGAGGGUCUUCCUACAGACCCUGGAGGAGAGGAUUGCCUCCUCACCCAAUUUCAACACCUUGGAGACCCCGUCACAGUUCAAGAAGCUGCUGUUUUCUCUCGGGGGGUCGUUCCUCUACUACGCUGACCACUUCAAGCUCUAUAGCGGCUUCUGUGCCAACCACAUCAAGGUCCAGAAGGUCCUGGAGAGAGCUAAGACGGAUCAAGCCUUUAAAGAAUUCCUGGAUGCGAGGAACCCCACCAAGCAGCACUCAUCCACCCUGGAGUCCUACCUAAUAAAACCGGUGCAGAGGGUGCUCAAGUACCCCCUGCUGCUCAGGGAGCUGGUCUCUCUCACAGACGCUGACAGUGAAGAGCACUAUCACCUCACAGAGGCUCUCAAAGCUAUGGAGAAGGUAGCCAGCCACAUCAAUGAGAUGCAGAAGAUUUAUGAGGAUUACGGCUCCGUGUUUGAUCAGCUAGUUGCUGAGCAGAGUGGACACGAUAAAGAGGUCACAGAGAUCUCUAUGGGAGAGUUUCUCAUGCAUUCCUCAACCAUUUGGCUCAACCCGCAUCCAUCGUUGGGUCGCAUGAGAAAAGACCCUGAAAUGACUGUGUUUGUGUUCAAGAAAGCAGUGAUACUGGUCUACAGGGAAAACAACAAGCUUAAGAAGAAAAUGACCAACCCUCGAUCAGCACAUUCUCAUGGAGAUUCAGAUCCCUUUAAGUUCCGAUGGCUCAUCCCGCUCUCUGCGCUGCAGGUUAGACUUGGAAAUACUGCAGGAACAGGCACAGAAAGCAGCUGCAUCUGGGAGCUGAUUCAUUCCAGGUCUGAAGUUGAAGGCAGACCUGAGACCGUCUUCCAGCUGUACAGCAGUGUGCCUGAGAGCAAGGUCAACAUCAUCAAGGUGAUCCGCUCCAUCCUCCGAGAGAACGUGAGGAGAAACAUGAGGAGCGAGGGCACGCUGGAGAGGGGCUGCAAGGAGCGUCUGGCCCCCCUGCGCAGCACCCUGCCCUCCUCUGCCCGGCUAGGUUCCUCCAGGGCUUCCUGGUUGUGCAAGCAGCCACUUGGAGAUCUCUCCACGCAGGCUGGGAAUGUCAAGCUGGGGCCAGACUCUGAUGAGGGAAGCCUGAGCAGUGGAACACACAGUUCGUCUGGUGCUCCUCUACCAUGCACCUCCUCCGACUUCAAUACCGCCUCAGUCCAGCAGAACGUGUCUCAGACACCUGGAUCGAACUCACAACCCCGCUCCACCUCUGCUGUGAAAGAGUCUGAUAUUCUUAGUGAUGAGGACGAUGAUGGCUUUGGCGAGGGGGGACCAAGGAGGGACAGUGGAGACAUAAUUUCCCCUACUAGCGCUAUUGAGGCUCAGUUCAUCCAACUAACACUGUCAGAGGAGGCUGUGUCCAAAUGUCCACUUGCUCCAUGUGUUGAACCUGAGAGAGUGGGGGACACUCCGGAGACCCAGCACAAACUGAUGCGAGGACAUUUCAGUGCUGUUAAGAGGAAACCCAGCAGUUUCAGGAGAAGUCAGGGUGCGCUUUUGAACAUGAAGACCCACAGCAGGUCACUGGACAGCCAGGCGGAUACAGCACUGCCUUCAGGGGGAGUGGACCUCAACACGUUGCUGGAGAGAGAGUUCAGUGUCCAAAGUCUGACUUCUGUUGUGAAUGAAGACUGUUUCUAUGACCAAGAUGAGAGCUGUGCCACUAAAUCUGGAAAUACCACCUCCUCAUAGAACGGAGUACAACUAUACUCUACCACAGUAGCAAGUAAAUGGCAGUUAAUGUUAGAUAUGCUGACUACUUCUUAAGAAAGGAAAACCCUGUGGCUGAUUGAAGGGGUUCAUGAGGGUAGCUGUGAAGUUGUGCCUCAACAUGUCGAUUAGCCAUAUACCUGCCUGCUAAACGAUAGGUAUAAAUGAUCGGUUUUAAUGGAAGCCUAUUGGCUGACAUACAGUUUCUCACCCUAGAAAGGCAAAGUGAGGUGACUUCUGUCCCAGUGAUAAUGACUGCAUGAAUCUACCAAGCACUGAUGCAUUACCCACAGUCUCCUCAGCUCUCUGGGCUCCUGUCAACAAACCCUCUGAGUGACGUAUUCCAUCCCAGUUUGCCGUGCAGCGCAUACUGAUUGGCAGUUUUUAUUACAUUUUUGACCUUUUCUUUGAAGAAAUGGGGGAAACAUCCUUGGUCUGUCUGUCCCUAAAGAGGAGGAAGGUUACAGUGCAUUGAAGGCCACCAAAUUCAGUCAAGAAAUGUUUUUUUAGUUUUGUAUUUGGCAACAUCAAACAAGCUGCAUCUCAGUUAGCAUGCAACAGGCUCACACAUGGAGGGAAAUUUUGAGUUCAGUCUUAAUAAAGUAUUCAUUUUCAUUUGGUUUUCACAGAACCAAACACAUCAGGUCACUGUUCGAUACAAAAAGCAUUUUGUUUCCAGUGGAAUAAAAGAAGGCUGCACUGAGGCUGUCACAGACUGAUAACAUUGAGCCAAAACGUCACCGGGGUCUGGUCAGACUUGUGAGGAGAGCCUAAACAAACAGGCGGGAUGCUGACUUUGCAAAGAAGCCUUUUUGCUGUAUUUUGUGCACUAAAGUACACUGUUUGCCUAUAUAUUUGACAUAUUUUGUAUUUGUACAGGUUUUAAUGUAAUUGAUGCUGUUUUAUUUAUUAAUAGUUUGAUUAUGGUUGUCUUAGAAAAAAAAAACUUUUUGGAGUGCAGGCUUGAGCCAUUGGCUAAAGAUUUGGUCCAUUAGUACAUAAAAUAAAAAACAGCUUGAUGAGUCAUCCACAUUUUUAAAUGUAGCCUGCCUGGACUUUGGUUUUGGUUUACUGAAGAUUGUAAUUUCCCGUAUAUGCUCUGGAAAAUAACUGAUUUAAACAGCAAACAUGUUUGAACCCUGGUGUUCCUCCUUUGUCUGUGUCUUGUGUAUAUAACAUUUUCUACUUUUUGGAACAUUAUUGUACUCUCUUCUACAUACUUGACACUGUACAGGUUAGAAACAAUGAAGGAGUUUGCAAUAAAUGCAGCCGGUAUUUUUGUACAACAGUUUGUUUGCCGCAGCAUAAAGUACAUGUUUAGGUACUACACAAAGGCAAUUCACAACCACGUUCUUUUCCUGCUCAGCUCAACUUACCAUGCCUUUAAUGCUAGAAUACCAAUGAAUGUGAAUGGCCCUUUCUUAUGGAAUUGUUUUAUAAAUAAAAGUUUUAUCUGUGAAUGA